CCUCCUCCCUGCCCCCGCCCUCAGGGAACUCCACACCCCGGCUGGGUGUCGCUGAGGGCACUGGGAACCUCUGCCACCUACCUGCACACCCUCCACAAACCCGGCUGGUGAGUCAGCCCUGGGGGACCGGCGUGGCACUGGGUUUUCCCCACCGGGGUCCCCGGCCUCCUGGCCUGGCCUCCAUGUCCCCACCCGAACCCUGGGACAGCGGGAGCCACAGAAGCCUGCACCAUGACCUCGAGGCUGCUGCUGGCCCUCGCCCUCUGCAGUGGCUGCCUGCCCUGUGCUGGAGAGAAAGGGGCUCCAGGGGCUCUGAGCCAGCCUCAGGUACGGUGCUGGGCCUCCAGGUACCCGGUGGCCGUGGACUGCUCCUGGACGCUGCCACAGGCCCCCAAUUCCACCACCGCGGCAACCUCCCUCAUCGCCACGUACAGGCUCGGUGUGCAGGGCGAGAGCCGGCCCUGUGUGCAGCCCAGCCCCGGGGCGCCAGGCUGCUCCAUCGCGGACAUCCAGCUGUUCUCCAUGGCGCCCUACGUGCUCAACCUCACCGCCGUGCACCCCGCGGGCGCCCGCAGCACCUUGGUGCCCUUCGUGCCCGAGCGCAUCAUCAAACCCGACCCUCCGGAGGGCGUGCGCUUGAGCCCCCUGGCAGGGCGGCAGCUCCAGGUGCGGUGGGAGCCUCCUCGGUCCUGGCCCUUCCCGGACAUAUUCUCUCUCAAAUACCGGAUCCGCUACGGGCGCCUCGGAGCCACGCACCUCCGCCAGGUGGGCCCCAUUGAAGCCACCUCCUUCAUCCUCAAGUCCCUGCGGCCCCGGGCCAGGUACUGCGUCCAGGUGGCUUCCCGGGACAUCACAGAUGCUGGACAGUGGAGUGACUGGAGCCCUCCGGCCGUCACCCCCGAGGCCCCGGGGCAGUAGUGGGGGCCUCCCCGUACCUGUAGAGGGCCUGGCCUCUGACUGACUGCUGCUGUCUGCUGGGAGUGGAUGGGACCCUUCUGGCCUGGGAUCUGGCCUGGACUUUGCUGCCGCCCAGCUGCUGAGCCCACCUUGGCCAAGUGACUUUGCCUGUGAGCCUCAGUUUCCCAAUCUGUGGAAUGGGAUGUAUGCUCCCUUUUGGUCAUGGUGCCACUGCCAAUGGCAGGUACUUUUAACAAAGUGAACUUCGAAAAGCGUGGUUUGUGCUGGGUCUUUCCUGUAUCUCUCUCGUCUGUGCUGAUGUAGGAUUAGCUGUCCAUCCUGGCCUAGAAAGAAUGUGGCUGUCGGCUAGAAAUCAAGUGACACCAAGUGCUGGCAAGGCUUUGGGGAAAAGAACCUUGCCACACUGCCAGUGGGGUGGCAAGCCAGCAGCACCUUGAUUCACGGUACCUAAAUGAAUAAGGAGAAAAAUAAACCAGCACGGCUACCACACCCAGCCAGGAUGCAGAUUCUGUAAAAAAACCAGAACUAGAAAUUCCAUGCGAGCCUGGCAUGGUGGCUCACGCCUAUAAUCCCAGCACUCCGGAGGCUGAGGUGGGAGGAUCGUUGUGAGUUCGAGACCACUAUGGGCUACACAGUGAGCUCCAGGCCAGCCUGAACUACACAGCGAGAGCCCGUCUCAAAAAAAAAAAAAAAAAAUCUCCCGCUGGGGAAGCAGCUCAGUGGUGUAAAAGCCUGCCUGUAAAACACUAGGUCCUGAGUUCGAUUCCUCAUACCAAAAGAAAAACGGUAUUUUUGUAUUGUCUCACUAGAGUGUGAAGCUAAAAUAAACAAUAUUUGUAUAUCACAAUGUAUAUACCACUGUUACCCCCUAAUUAUAAUCAUUAUUAUUAUUCUCAUGACCUUGAGCUUUCCGGCAAGGUGCUCAUGCAGCUAAGCUAAAUCUGCAGCCCCUCCCCCCUCAUGAUUGUGUUUUUGAAACUUUGUUUCAUUUUCUUUUCUCUUUAAAAUAAAAUAGAUUUGAAAGGAAAAAA